AUGGGCCUCUUCACCAGCUCGUCUUCCGCUUCUCGGAGACCCGCGUCAGCUGCGCCUUUGAAGCGCCGUUCAUUGGGACGCAGCCGAGAAAGCUUGUCCAAUAGCAUCGCUUCCGCCAACAACUCGCAAGCUGGAUGUUCAUCCGUACCGCUCUCGAACGGAGGCGUCGGCGCUGCUGAACAAAGCCUUCGAAACACGGAUCCGCAAGGCAAGUCCGCAUUGUCCGAUCAGAGCAUCCCCCAACUGCAGACUCAGCCUCUACCAGCUACAACAUCAAAGUUGCACGCUUUUCCGCUCACCGCACAAAGUAAAAUACAUUCGGACGACGAAGACGAGCACACUGAACUAGCAGACUUGCAGAGCGACAACACCUUUCUCUACGACAGGCAGCUGCCACUCGACUCAGCCCUCGGAACCGGCAUUGGCAACGCUCCAGAGCCCAACUUCCUCGAACGCAUCAGUGCGUAUGUAGCAGAGCACUAUCUAGACUGCUUUGGGAUCACGCACCACAAGGAACUCGUUCGUCACGAUAACCGUCUCGUGCCCUUCAUCGCCAAAGCGCCACGGUUUCUCUCCAUCCAUUCACUUAGGCGAAAGGAGCUCGAGCGCGACUAUACCGAGGUUACUGAUACCGUCGAUACCUGUCCGCGUGAACAGCUCUGCCUCGGUCGCUGUCUGCUUGGCUUCAGCUGUCCGAUCCAGGACUUAUCUCUGCACUCAAGCGUUCUCUGA